AUGUCGACCGCCACCGUCACCGAGACAGCGACACAUCGCACCUCGUCCACCAUCACGCUAGACUCAGCGCCACUCACCGGCUAUGAUGAGGAGCAGAUCCGUCUCAUGGAAGAGCGAUGUAUCGUGCUCGACAAUGACGACAAGUACGUCCGCGAUGGCAGUAAGAAGGAAUGCCAUCUCAUGACCAACAUCAACAAGGGUCUCUUGCAUCGUGCUUUCUCCGUGUUCCUCUUUGAUCCUACUACGGGAAAGCUGUUGCUUCAGCGAAGGGCGCUCGAAAAGAUCACUUUCCCCAACAUGUGGACCAACACUUGCUGCUCUCAUCCGUUGGCGAUCAAGGGAGAGCUCGAGGAAGCAGAGCAGAUCGGUGUACGCCGUGCAGCGCAGCGCAAGCUCGAUCACGAACUCGGCAUCCGCGCCGAACAAGUGCCAUUGGAUGAAUUCCAGUACCUCACCCGAAUCCACUACCUCGCUCCCAACAACGACGCCAAUAACAUGUGGGGCGAACACGAAAUCGACUACAUCCUCUUCAUCACUGCCGACGUCACGUUGAAACCCAACCUGAACGAGGUCUGCGAUACCAAAUGGGUUUCGCCCGAAGAGUUGAAGGCGCUCAUGACCGAGUUGGACCCUGCGUCAUUUACGCCAUGGUUCAAGUUGAUUGUGCACAAGUUUCUCUUCCCCUGGUGGAGCGAGUUGCUCGCAAGGAGAGGCGCGGAUCACAGCAAACCAUUUGACGCCAAGUCGCUGUCGGAUCUUACAGAUCACAGCAUUCACCGCCUCCUCUGA